AUGUCUUUCACUAGACCUACUUCUUCUAAGGAUAACAAAAGUGACGAAGAAUUAAUUGAAGAAAUUGAUACAAAACUUAAGGGAGUAGACUUUAAUAGAACUAUUCCCAAAGUUAUUUAUCAAAAUAAGCCCUUUGUUACUACUCCAAGAAGCCCAACUGCUGAAACAGCUGAUCAGUUAACAGUAAUCCGAGCCGAUAACUUUGAAAUAGAUUGGAAAAGAUUUACUGGAAUAUUAAAAAAUUGGUGGGAUAAUUAUCUAUCAGAAAAAAAUAGAAAUCAAAUUCUAGGAGCCACUACAGUUGCAACUAUAAUAAAAACUGAAUCAGGAAUGCAAGUUGCAGAGCAAGAAGUUAGAGAAGAUGCUUCUGCAACUUUAAUCUACUGUAUUGCUAAACACUUCAUUGGAGAACCAAAACUUUUCCAAGACAGGAGUCUUGACUUAUGUACAGACUUAAAACUUAAGAGUCUUAUUAAAAAAGACAAACUCCAAUCCAAAACAGAAUUAGGAUGCUUCUGUCAAGACUUCGGAUUUAAAACUAUUGCUGCUCCUUCUAAAAGAGCAAAACAACAUAAAAAAUCUUCUGAAAAAUCAAAAAGACGCCAUAAGCGUAAAGAAAAGAAAGAAGGAACUCCUAAGAAGAGAAGAUUUAAAAGACGUUCUAAAAAAGAACAUGGUGAUAAAUGUUGGUCAUGUGAAAAGACAGGGCAUAUAGCUAAUGAAUGCCCAGUCACCAACAAGAAAAAGAAAAAGGUUAAUACCUUAGAAAUUGAUGAAAAUGUUAAAGAAAAGCUAUUUGCUAUUCUAGAACAAAAUAAAAACAUCACAUCAUCGUCAUCAUCAGAUGAGAGCUAUUCUGACAGUGACGAUGAAAUGAUAAACAUGGCAUAUAACUCGGAUAAUAGCAGUAGUUCUGAAGAAGACAAAUGUAGCUACACUG